AUGGAUGAUUUGAUGGAACUUGAAGUCCAGAGUGACCAGCUGGCAGCUGCUGUUAAGAACUAUGUCAGACAUCGUCGCGACUUGAAAUGCCCUGGGGCGAACUCUGACAUGUAUAAAGAACUCAACAAGGCCAAGACAACAAUUCAUGCCAGCAUGGCCAAAAUGCAAACGCUACUUUGUGGACCGGUCGACUUCCUCCAGGAUUUUGCUCGUCAGGUUGAGAUCGUGGCCUGUCUCAAAUGGCUUGCAGAAUUUCAAAUUCUGGCAUGUAUCCCACUUGAUGGGAGCAUAUCUAUCAGAGAUCUAGCAGACCUGGCUGGAGUUCCGAAAACCCAGCUAAGCCGUAUUAUUCGUCUCACGGCUACAUCUGGGUUUCUCCAAGAACCCAUAGCAAACCAUGUAUCCCACACUCCGCUCUCGGCACAAUUCAUGGUUAAUCAAUCUUUGCUUGAUGCCGCCGUCUUCAUGGCCGAGUUUGCCGCACCGGCAGCAUUACAUAUGCCCAUGGCCACGGAGCGAUUUGGAUCCCCAAAGAGCCCAACAGAGACAGCAUAUAACCUGGCAUUAAACACAAUGCGACCGUUUAAUGUAGCCAUUCAGGAGCGUCACAAGCUAGGCCGCCAAUGGUCGGCGUAUCUUCACCAAGCAGUGGGAUUGCAUCAGGAGAAGGAAAUCGUGGACAUGCUGUCACAACUAAAAUGGUCUAACCUUGGUAACGCAUCCAUCGUUGAGAUUGGUGCACAAUCGACUUCUAUGGCACAACAACUCGCCAAGAGGUUUCCCACUCUCCGUCUAAUUGUGCAGAUCGACCAUACGAGAACAUCAAUACUAAGUCUAGACUCUAUGCGACCACAGAAUGAGAUGAUUGCCGGGUUUGCCGCCCAAGAUGGUGAAGUUCUCGCUGAACUUGAUCCGUCAGAGCCUAACACCAACUCCAUCACCAUCCCCAGCACCAGCAACACUUCUAGACCUAGUUCAACCAGCAGUCGCAUCACCGUUAGAUACCGCGCUGUUGGAGUGCCUCAGCCUGUGAUACAUGCUGCCGUUUACAUUCUUCACCUGCCCGUGCUCUCCAUAAACGCUCCUUGUGGGGCGGAAGGGAUAAUGGAAAUGAUCAAGACCGAACUGCAGGAUUAUCUGGGCAUACUACGCGCUAGCGCUGGAAUCUUGCUUAUUCCCACUGCAAACCUCCUUCCCGAGCCAGGUAGUCUCUCUGAUCCCAAAGCUGAGGCUGUAGCGCGUGCACGCGACCUCAACAUGUUCCAGCUGGCUAAUGAGGGCGAGAUUGAAAUGACGGAGCUGUUAAGCGUGGUAGAGACAAUAAGGGAUGGCGUUGGAAAACUUGUUGUUAAUAACCAGCUUCGUUCACAUAAUGGUCUCGUUGUAGGUCUGACUAUCAAGCAAGAGGCUUAUUCAUAA